AUGCUGGGUCUGGUGCGUACCUUCGGCUCGUCGAACGAGAGGAGCGGAGCCGAGAGGGAGAGGGCCCUCGGCGCCGGCCUCAUGUCCGAACCCCGCGCCUCCCCGCGGGCGCUCGGCAAGUACGACGCGCGGUUCCGCGAGGCGUUCCGGAGCGUGCCCGAAGACGAAGUCCUCCUCAAAGUGUACUCCUGCGCCCUCCUCAGGGACAUCCUGCUCCAGGGCCGCCUCUAUAUCUCCUCGAACUGGCUCUGCUUCUAUGCAAACCUUUUUGGCAAGGACAUCAAGUCGGAUUAUAUGCAUGUCCUCGGCGGAACGUCCCCAUCCCUCUCUUUCCGCCCCAUAGGUGUCCGUUCCGGUGACCUCUGUCCAACUGGUGAAGAAAUGCCGGACGGCGAGACUGCUGCCCAACGGGCUGGCCGUUACCACGGACACCGGGCAGAAGUACGUCUUCGUGUCCCUCCUGUCCCGGGACAGCGUCUACGACGUGCUCAGGAGGAUUUGCACGCAUCUCCAGGUCAGAGUUCACCCCACACCUCCGAAGAGAGCCCAGAAAGGCUCUGCCCUGCUCUGCUCUGCUCUGCUCGGGUCAACGGGAAGAAGAGCUUGAGUCCGAAGCAGCAUGUGGAGGAGCCGAGCUCCUUAUCGCUGGUUGAUUUCCCGGCGCCGGACGAGUUCCCUGUCCCGGUGCUCAAGUGGAGGAGCAAGUCCUCCUCGGGGUCCACGUCCUCGUCGCCGCCCGACCUUCCGGACAACUCCGCCAGCAGCCUCGGUAUGGUGGACUCGCCUUUCCGGACGGACUCGCCCCUGGAGGAGCGAAGCGCGCGGGCCGACGAGACCCCCGCUGGCGAACCGGAAGCCGUGCUGAGCCGCGCGGAGCGUCGGCUGCUCGAGCUCUUCAUCGUGCUUAUCGUCGUCCUCAUCCUGUCCUCGUGCUACCUGGCGUUCCGCGUGUGCACCCUGGAGGAGCAGCUGUCCUUCCUCAACACCAAGCUGGCCCAGCAUGUAAGGGAGAGGUAACCCCUGCUCCUGGCUGCACCCCCCAGGAAGUCCCGCCUCAGAGGACACGCC